AAUUUGAGAACGCCACGACGGCUCCGCGCAAUAAGAAUAACCUUGUUAAACAGCAGCCGGCCGCCGCUCAGCAAGCAUUUUCGAAAUCGACCGAUCCUUCCUCCUCCCUUCGUCGCCCAAAACCAUCGCUCCCUGACCCCGAGAAAUUCGCUGGACAAUCCCUCAAGUUCGAUACGUGGUUACCCUCAAUCAAGGCCAAGCUAAAGAUUGAUGGUGAGGCUAUUGGUGACGCGAAAGCCCAAUUCUACUAUGACUUCCAUACCAUCUUAGAGCACUUGGAGUGGGUUUACACUAAUUCGAACAAGAUCCAUGAGGCAGAAGAUAGGCUUUUAGGUCUAAAACAGGGAGAUGAUGACUUACCGGCUUUUAUCGCCAAGUUUGGACGCGUUUUGUACGAGGCUAGGGGUCAGACCUGGCCAGAUACAACCAAGAUAUCCGCUCUACGCCGCGGUCUAUCCACUACCAUUAAGAAUCGGCUUGCUCAGCAACUCAAUCUGCCUACUGACUAUCCUCGUUUUCUGCGUGUUGUUCAACAGCUUGCUAGUGGCGCCCCAUUCUCCUCUACCUCCGCCCCUAGCCAUUCGACUGGUUCAAAACCGACCCCCUGUUACCCUGAUUCGAUGAAGAUAGGUGCUACUGACGGUGCUAUCAACGGUGCUAUCAAUUCUAUCUCAGCGAUAUCAACUGGCAAGAACUAUUGGGAGGAAGGUUGCUGUUUCUGUUGCGGUUCGAACGAGCAUUUCGUCAAGGACUGCCCAAGCCCACCCCCUGGUGCUGGCGGUGGUGGUGGCGUAUCCUCUCGUUCAACCAAUCAGAAGACUCUCUGGGGUGUUAAAAUGUUAAAGUCUUUGGAAGCUCGCUCGGAUACCUCGCUGGAUUGA